AUGCUUCGUCACAGCUGCGUCCUUCUAAUGUUAAUUCUCGUUUUCGCAGAGGUUUUCGCCACACAAUCUCCGACUUUUGAUCGUCAGGACCGCGACUACCGGCCAUUGCAGUUCGGAAAACGAGAUGGCUACCGUCCAUUGCAAUUCGGCAAACGAGACUACCGGCCGCUUCAAUUCGGAAAGCGAAGCGGCAGUGGUGGAGUGGUUCUCGAACCGAUUUGGGAGUGGCAAUAA